AUGCAAGAUCAUGGAAAUGAAUGUUUGCAAGGAACUAAAAAAUAAUAAGAAGUUGUAUGGGAUGAGGUGAAUCAAAGAUGUUUAAAUACUAAAUUUUACAUUACAUUUACAAAAAAUAAAGAAAUUAAAUAUAUCUCAGAUGAUGGAUCUAUUCUAAGAAUGUAAAAAUUAUUAUUUUAUUAUUAAUUAGUGAUUCAAUUAUUGAUAUUUCUAAAAAUCCAGAUAUUAUAAAAAAUUUAGAAUAAAUAAAAUAUCUGAAAUGAUCACUUCUAUCUUCUUCUUCAAAAAAGUUUUUAAAUCGAAUGCAAUAUGGAAAGGUGAAAUAUUGAAAGGUGUGGGUGGGUAGUAUUCAAAUGAUGGAAAAAAACACGGUUAAUGGCAGGAUUUGUCUGAAAAUUAUUGGGAGUACGUUUAUAUUUAUUUAUUAUUCAUUAAAAUUCGAGCCUAAAUUUAAGAAGUUGGAGAAUACUUAAAUAAUCAGAAAAAAGGAAUUUGGAAAUACAUUUACAAAUAUAGAGUUAUGUAUAAUUAUAAACUUAAAUAUUUAGUUGUGGUGAUUCUUAUGAGUAAGGAUUCAAGAAUAGGUAAUGGACUGAUUUGGAUGAAGGGUUUAAGGACUAUUUAAUAGUUUAAGGUUUCUAUUUUAAUUAGAUAAAAUUUAGUCACUUUUGAUGGUGAAUAUAUAAAAGGUAAAAGGUAGAUGGAAUAUCAACAUUAGUGAAGAUAUUCGUAAAUAAUUCCAUUCAAUGUAAAAGUUAUUAAAAAUUACAAAAAGUGGUGGUGGAUUUUAUAAAAUAUAAGGUUUCUAAAAUGGAAUCUGUGGAUUGAAUUUAGCAAUGGGUUUUCAAGGUAUCUUAGUUUAAAGAAAUUAAAUUUAUUUAGUUCAAGUCAAAUCUAUCAUAAAGGUGAAAAUUAAAAUGGAAAAAAUAGGUCAUUAGUAUUUCUAUUAUAGAGAAAGUAGUCUAAAUCCUUUAGUGAAAAUGUAAUUUAAUUAAUCUAUUUUAAUUUUAGUGGUGGAGGUUCUUACUUAGAAGAUGUGAAAAAUGUAAAUGGGUUGAAUUGAGCAAUGGAUUUUAUUGGUAUUAAAAUUUUGAGAAUUAAAAUAUUAGUUCAAGUUAAGUCCUUCAUAAAGGAGAAUAUAAGAAUGGUCGAAAAAUUGGGGUAUGGGAUAUCGAUUUCAAAUAAUGGAAUAAGAAGCUUUGGGAAUUAAUGUUUGCUCAUAAAUUAUCUAUAUAGCGGUGGUGGAGCAUAAGACAAUUAAGGUUUAAAGCAUGAAAAAUGGAUAUAUUUCAAUGAUAGUUUUAAAGAGUAUUUAAUCCUUAGAUUUUAAUGUUAUUAGAGAAAAUUAAGUCACGUAUCAUUGUCUUUAUAAAAAUGGUUAAAUAAUUGGGAGAUAUGAUAUUAAUUACAGAUAAAAUUAGAAUAAACUUUGGGAAUAAAUGUAUUGAGAUUAUAUGUAAUUUAUUUAAAGUGGUGGUGGUUCUUAUGAACAGGGAUAGAAGAAUGGUUUAUGGGUGAUUUUAAGUAAUGGUUUUUAUGAGUAUUUAUUUUCGAAUGAUUUUUGUAGUUGGAGUUAGGUCAUAUAUAAGGAUGAAUAUAAAUAUGACAAAAAAAUUGGUUAAUGGGAUAUUAAUUACAAAUAUAAUUAUGAUUAACCUUGAAAAUAAAUGUUAUGAAAUUAUUUUUUAAUACAUAGUAAAGGAGGUUUUUAUGAAAAUGGAUUAAAAAAUGGUAGAUGGUAGAUUUGAUUAAUAGUUUUAGAGAGUAUUUAUUUAAAUUAUUAAAUUAGUAAUUGUUAAGUCACUUUUAGUGGUGAAUAUACUAAUGGUCAAAAAGUUGGGAAAUAAGAUAUUAUUUUAGAUAGUCGAUCAAAUAUGUAAUUAAAUUAUCAAUUUAUUGUAAUAAAGUGGUGGAGGAUCAUAUGAUUAAUUUUUCUAAAAGAAUGGUUUAUGGAUAGAUUUGAGUGAUGGAUUUAAAAGGUUUAUAUUUUUAGAAUUAAUUUAUUAGUUCAAAUUAAGUUGUUUGCAAUGGGGUAUAUAAAAAUGGCAAAAAAAUUGGAAGUUGAU